ACCCCACUGAGCACAAAGCAACAAACUAACACACAUUUGAGUAUUUGAAAUUCCCUCUCUUUUUUCUCUCUCUCUCUAGAAUUUGAAAAAUGGCACCAAAGGCAGCGGAGAAGAAGCCGGCGGAGAAAGCACCGGCGGAGAAGAAGCCUAAGGCGGAGAAGAAGCUCCCGAAGGAAGGCGGCGCCGCCUCCUCGGUCGACAAGAAGAAGAAGAGGACGAAGCGCAACGUCGAGACCUACAAGAUAUACAUCUUCAAGGUGUUGAAGCAGGUCCACCCCGACAUUGGGAUUUCCAGCAAGGCCAUGGGAAUCAUGAACAGCUUCAUCAACGACAUCUUCGAGAAGCUCGCGAGCGAGUCCUCGAGGCUCGCUCGCUACAACAAGAAGCCGACGAUCACCUCGCGCGAGAUCCAGACGGCGGUGCGGCUGGUUCUUCCCGGCGAGCUCGCCAAGCACGCGGUCUCCGAAGGAACCAAGGCGGUUACCAAGUUUACUAGCUCUUGAAAAUUUGUGGUUUUUUUUUCUAUGUAGGGGCAUUUUGGGAAAUGUAGUUUUUUUUUUUUCACUGAUGAAUGAAAAAAUUUUCAUUUCAA